AUGGAAGCCCAACGUCGCGAGCGUCCAAACUUACAACCGAUAUGGACCGACUACUACAACCUCAAAGGCCACCCAAAAUCUGCCUUCCGGGUUGCCCAUAGUCCGCUUUUUUCGGCCUCGCGAAGAUCCCCCCGGACUCUACCCAGCCCGGUCUAUCCCUCGAACUCUGGCUAUGACCCAACUAUCAGAAGACAUGAGAGGACGAUGGUGGAGAGCUUUGAUCAGAGGGCUCGGCAGACUCUUGGUCUUCCAGACGGUCUACCUCGGUGCCUCCCGCCCAUCGCCGAACAGGCUUGUGCGACGCAUCCGCCCUCUCCGGCGACUCCCCACUCUCCUCACGGCCUGUUUCAGGUGCCGAGAAGACAGACCAUCGCGGACGAGACCAGAUCCCGUCUUCUCUCCAGGGUUCCACCGUUGCACGUUCGAGGUGUCAGCACACCUGUCGACCGGAGAAGGUCUCUCCCCACAACCCCGACAUGCAACAGACGGCGCAACAGCCAUCUGAUGCGAGAGCAUCUGCAGGCCUGGGGUCACAUCUACGUUUCCAACGCAACCUCGGCCGAUUGUUUCGUCGCGGCGGUCGCCUUGCGACGGCCAAGCGAGGCCUCCUCCGGGGACGAGGAGAUCAAACAAGAGAAAGACUCCGCCGCGACCAAGUCCAGCCGCCGUACCAUCCGGGCGCGGAUUCGACCGCGGGCACCCGAACGGAAACCAUUUAUCCUCCAGCGCACCUUUGACCUCGACGAGCUCCGAGCCACGAUACCGGAGCCGUCGCCCACGUCGUCGGCGACCAGCCGUCGGCCGUCGGCUGAUCUGUCACCGUUUGCUCAGGCCCAUCCCGGACGGCGCCGGUCGAGUGGUGGUGUCGCGAGCAGCGGCGCGGGAUCCCUGGUCGUCCCAGAGGCCAAUAAGAGCCUCGUUCUUGACGCAAAGGCCCUUCCGAUUCAUCUCCAAUACGCGCGCGUCCAUGUUCCGGUUCUGGCUGCUUUGAUGCUAUCUGGUCAUGUUCGGGAGGGAGAUAUCAUCGACCUUCCCAUGCCUCACCCGGAGGCUUGGCCCCAGACUAUCGCCUACUUCUACACCGGCCUGGGUGAGCUAACUGAGGCCAUCAAACGGAAUAUUCUGUACCUGGCAGGCAAAGUCUGA